AUGCAACUCGCUACUAUCGCGGUGCUGCUGAUAGCGCCCUUCAUCGCCCAAUUCGUAUAUCGGUAUUUGACGAAUCCGUUGCGGAAGAUUCCAGCUGCGCAUCCGCUUGCACAUUUCACCUCCCUGUGGAUCAAUUAUGUGCGUUGGCGAUCUGUCGAGAACAGGACGCUUAAGCGUGCACACGAGCGUCUAGGGCCAGUAGUAUGUCUUGGACCGAACGAAAUCAGCGUGAACUGUGUAAGGGGAGGCAUAAGAGAUAUCUAUGCAGGCGGCUUUGAGAAGGCCAAUCUGCCUGAGACGUUCAACUGGUAUGCAUUCUUUACGAACUUUGGCGAGUCCAACAUGUUCUCCACGGGGAAGAACAAAGCUCAUUCGGCGCGUAAACGUAUGCUCAGUAAUAUCUACAGCAAGUCUGUUAUCAGUGGAUCGCCGGCUCUGCUCGCUCAGGUCAGUAUAAUCAUCUUUGAUCGCCUUCUGCCGCGCCUCGCCUCGACCAUCUCGAACGAAGAUCAGGGGCUCUUGAACAUCGGCCCGCUGCUCAAUGCUGCUACCAUGGAUAUCGUGUCGGGCUACAUCUUCGGGCUGAAGUCGAGCUCCAACUUGAUCAAUGAUCCAAAGCAAUUAUCAUGGUUCCUUGGAUUGUACAAUUCUCGGCGGUCCUUCAACUUUUGGCCGCAAGAGCUCCCUGCUUUGACAUCUUUCGUGAAGAAGUGGUUUCGGUAUAGCUUGGUGCCGCAAUGGGUCGACAAGGCCAACAAGGAGAUUGAAGGCUGGACCAAGGGCAUGUGCCAAAGCGCUGCCAUAGUCAUGUCACAGGGGGUUACGAAUGUCGCGGACACCCCAGUCGUGUACGAACAGCUUUUUGCCGCACUUUCGAAGGAGGCAGUGAAGACUGGCGAGGAUGGAAAGGACCGAAGUUCGCUGGCCGCGAGCGAAGUCCUGGAUCAAAUAGCUGCGGGCUUCGAUGUGAGUCCGUCUGCCAUGCUGUAUUUUGUUUUCCGCUAA